AUGGCCAACCUUGUGGAGACUAGACUUGUUCGCGAGAAAGUUAAGAAGGACGAGGCUCUGAUCAAGUCUUUGGAGAAGGAUCUCAAAGAGGAAAAGGAGCACUCCAGCAAGCAAAGUCUGAAAAUGGAAAAGCUUUUGACUGCCUUGCUAGAUGAUAUGCGUGCUCUUAUGACCCAGAAUGAUUGUUAUGUGUCCGAAAACAUAAUUUUGAAUGAGAAGGUCGAGACUCUUUUCUCUCAAGUAGAUCGUCUGUCAAUUGACUGUUCGCGUAAUGAGGAACUGAAUCAGCGUCUCCAUGAUGAUAAUGAGCGUCUCAAGACUCUCCACCUUUCGUCGACAACUUCUUACAAGAGGUUGGAAGAAGAUUACAAACGUGUCAUCAGCAGUAAAAGCAAGGUUGUAGCUAAUCUUCGCAUAUCUUGCGAUAAAGUGACUGAUUUGAAUGAGGAGGUUAACUGUUUGAAGACGAAAGUGGAUAUUCUUCAAGCUCAGUUAGACAACUACCCUCGCCCGAAGCCCGUUAAUCCUUCCUCCCAAGCCAAUCCCCCGGGUUCUCGUAAAAACAAGGGUGCCCUCACCAUCCAGUAUGAUAAAGAUACUUCAAAUUUUGGUCAUAGUAAAGGCUGGGAUAAUGCAUAUCACGAGUUAUGUGUUUGGGUCCAAGAUUCAGAUCUAAGAAUCUCCGAGUUGAAUCAUUUGUAUACCGAUAUUCAAGAGAAUUUGAAUACCACCCUUUUGCAUUGGGAAGAAUCCGAAGAGCGCCACAAGAGCCAAGUCCUACGCCUUUCCAACGAAAGGAAUGAAUCUCGCUUGGAGGCUUCUCGCCUAAAAAAUGAGGUGGGUAACUUGAACACUGAUUUGGAAGAGAUGAUAGAAACUUCCGCGAAGGUAGCCAAGCUAGCUCGCAAGAAUACCCAGAACUAUCUGGUUCCUCUUUUCGAUGCUUACUGUGAUGAGCACGACAUCCGUCAGCCUACCUUUCCUUUGGAGGUGUUCUCUGAUGGUGAACAACCAAAAGAGGACGAAAUCGCCCUAGGCGAAGAAGAGGAGUUUUCUGAAGAUGGCGAGGACCAGAAGGUCGUUGACACGAAGAACAUGGGAGAAAAGCCCAAGGGAGCUUCUGCUAGUACUGAUGCUGGUCUUGGGGGAGCGUGUCAUCAGAUCCCUGAAACAACCGUUACCGAUAACACCUCUUCUCAGCAAUAG